CACGUUAGUAUGUUGAUAGAGUGAUCGUUCACUGCGAUGUUGGCAGCAGUGUCGGCUGUUGCAAAUGGUGGAUUGCGUUACUUUUUCUCGUGCUCCGUGUAAAAUAUUUACGUAAAAUAGUGUUAAUUUCGUGGUGCAGUGUUUCUGACUUACAGAAACAUGUCGGAAACACUGCCGAACAACAAAAAACAAGUGCCGAGGCAGUUGCGGGAACGCAAGCAACGUAAACUGUACUCUGAUGAAUGGGCACUUGGUGAUGAUGAAGCGGAGGGUGGUCGUGGGUUUUCAUUGGCUGACAAAUUGGAGAGUCCCAGGUUCGAACAUACAGGAGCUAUCAUCGAAAUGACUGGAUCAGAACUUACCAUUUCAUAUCUGCAGAAAAAUGGUUUCACAACUCCGUUACUGUUUAAAGAGAAAAAUGGAUUGGGAUUGAGGGUGCCUACAAGCAACUUCACGGUGAACGACGUGCGCAUGUGCGUGGGCUCUCGCCGUCUGCUCGAUGUCAUGGAUGUCAACACGCAGAAGAACAUCGAGAUGACAAUGAAGGAUUGGCAGCGUUAUUACGACGAUGCGAAUAAGGAGCGUCUUUUGAACGUGAUUUCGUUGGAGUUCUCGCAUACACGUCUCGAGAACUAUGUGCAGGCGCCGCGUAUAGUGCGCCUCAUUGACUGGGUGGACACCGUGUGGCCGCGCCAUCUCAAGGACCAGCAGACGGAAUCCACCAAUGCUCUGGAUGACAUGAUGUACCCGAAGGUACAAAAGUAUUGCCUCAUGUCCGUCAAGGGGUGCUACACGGACUUCCAUAUUGACUUUGGAGGCACAUCGGUGUGGUAUCACAUUUUGAGAGGUGCGAAAGUGUUCUGGCUAAUUCCGCCCACUGAGAAGAACUUGCAGUUGUACGAGAAGUGGGUGCUAUCAGGCAAACAGUCGGACGUCUUCUUUGGUGAUACUGUUGAGAAAUGUAUUCGUGUUCAUCUGCAAGCGGGACACACUUUCUUCAUCCCGACGGGUUGGAUCCACGCGGUGUACACACCGAGCGACUCACUCGUCUUCGGAGGUAACUUCCUGCACCAAUUCGGUAUUGAGAAGCAGCUCAAGAUCGCUCAAGUUGAAGAUGUUACCAAGGUGCCACAGAAGUUUCGAUAUCCAUUCUUCACGGAGAUGCUGUGGUACGUACUGGACCGCUACGUGAACGCGCUGCUCGGCCGCACUCAUCUCGCCAUGGAGGGUGUGCCUCCGCCACAACUCACCACACCCAAGGAACAUGUGCAUCUCACUCAGAAUGAACUGCACGGACUGAAGGCUAUAGUGAUGUACCUGCACCAGCUGCCAGCUGCUCGUAAGUCUGUGCCGGAGCUGCUGAGCGAUCCCAUAGCACUGGUGCGGGACGUGCGCACGUUGGUCGAGCAGCACCGACACGACAAGCAGCACCUCGCCAUCACCGGAGUGCCUCUGCUUAAAGGUCCCGAUGAGACGACGAGUGAGCGGCGUCAGUCUAGCGGACGUGGUGGGCGUGGUGGAGGUCAUCGUGGUCCGCCCUCCAGACCUCGCCCUGAGCACGCCAACUCCGCACCCCGCAGGCGACGCACCAGAUGCAAGAAGUGCGAGGCGUGUUUGCGUACGGACUGCGGCGAGUGCGUGUUCUGCCAUGACAUGGUCAAGUUUGGUGGACAAGGGCGCGCCAAGCAGACCUGCGUCAUGCGGCAGUGCCUACAGCCAAUGUUGCCUGUGACUGCGUCAUGUGCUGUGUGUCAUCUGGACGGCUGGAUGCAGACGCCGGUCGCGCCCCAAGCCAAGGGUAACUCCGGUCGCAAUGGUCCUUCAUCUCUGCGCGAGUGCUCUGUGUGUUACAGCAUCGUACACCCUGGCUGCGUGCCCCCUGGUGGUCAGCUCAACGAGGACCUGCCCAACUCCUGGGAGUGCCCCACAUGCACCAACAUGGGACUCAACCACGAUUACAAACCGCGUCAUUUCCGUGCACGUCAGAAGUCGUCAGAUCUGCGGCGCAUGAGUGUUGGCUCUGAUGUCAGUCAGCUAGGACAUCAUAACAGUCUUCAGAACAAACUGCAGCUGCCUCCGCCGGCGCCAAUACCUGUCAAGUCUGAGGCGGGCUCCGAUAGUGAGGGCAAGAACGACGCCUUGCAUCUUAAAUCUGAAGAGGAUAUAAAGCGCGAAGAGUGUGGAGGUGAGGGUAAUGCGGAGGAGAAUUGGGAGCCGUCAGCUAAGAAGCGGCGCUGCAGCCACGAGGACGAGGCUCCAAAGAAACAGGCUCUGCGAGCGCAUCUCGCGCUGCAACUCACUCAUCACACCGGGAAGGUACGUCAUAAGAGUCUUAAGAAACCUUUAUAUCCGGUGCGUCCGGCGGGGUACUGCGGGGCGCAGCACGCGGGCACACCCUGGCUGGACCGCGACGCCAUGAUCGCAGUCUUCUCCAAGCUCACACCCAUCGACCUCACCAGCUGCUCCCUCGUCUGCAAGGCCUGGGCUGAGUACACGAUGGACCCCAGUCUGUGGCGCAAUAUGUCUUUCGUGCAGGUGCGUGUGUCGGCGGCGCAGCUGGCGGGCAUUGUGCGCCGUCAGCCACACACGCUGGGCCUUGAGUGGUGCCAUCUCGCCCGGCGGCAGCUCGCCUGGUUACUAGCUCGUCUGCCGACUCUACGUUCGCUGUCGCUGGCGGGGUCGCCGGCGGAGGCUGCACUGGCGCUGCGGUCACCGGCCUGUCCGCCGCUCACCACACUUGAUCUGUCGUUUGCACGUUGCCUGGACGACGCUAAGCUGCGCGGUGUGUUGGCCCCACCGGAAACCUCACGGCCGGGAGGCGGCGCGCGCACUGGAGCUGAGCCAUCGCGUCUUGCCGCGCUUGCUGUACUGCGUCUACCCGGCACCGACAUCACUGACGUCGCUAUGCGAUACGUUGUACAGGCGUUACCGAAGCUGUGCGAGCUUGAUGCGUCAUCGUGCGCGCGGCUGACGGACGCGGGCGCGGCGCAGCUGGCUCACCACUCGCUGCAGCGGCUCUCGCUGGCCGGCUGCCGGCUGCUCACCGAGGCCGCGCUCGACCACCUCGCACGCUGCCCCAACCUCGUGCGGUUGGAUCUCCGACACGUGCCGUUGGUGUCGACGCAGGCGGUGAUCAAGUUCGCGGCCAACUCCAAGCACAACCUGCACGUGCAGGAUGUAAAGCUGGUGGAGCUGAGGAAGACCUGAUGCGAGACCGCGCCCGAGCCGGCGCCCCAGCCCGAGUCCGAGGCGACGCCUGAGGCCGGGCCUGAAGCCGCGCUCGAGGCCCAAGUUCAGGCCGCUCCUGAGGUCCAUGUGGCCCCCGAGGCGCAGCCCGAGUCCGCGCCCGAGGCAGCGGCAACUGAAUAACUUGACGUGGACCUUGUGAUGUGUAGUGUAAUGUGACAGUGUGUUGGUGGCAUAGGAUUGUGUGAUUAUUGUGUGACUUACCAUUCUCAUUCACUUCCACAAUAGUUCUAGUCUCGUUCAGUUUACUUUAGGUAACUGAUACUUAUUCAUUUUUUUUUAAUGGUAUUGUGUUAAUAUUUUUAUGUUGGUACCCUUUUCAGUUUGAAAAGGCUCGAUGAACAAUCAGGGUAUUAAAUAUAAUUAAAAUUUCAACAUAUUUUAUUAUGAGGCUUGUUUGUUCUGUACCAUUCAUUCAUGUUUUACACAACAUAUCAAAAUUACUCGCUAUGCUAUCAACAUACGAAUGUAGAUAUUAAAAAAAAAAGACUUAAAAUAAGCCUAAUGUGUAAUAUUGUUGAAGUGAUUCAGUUUAAAAAGAAAAAAUAUAUUAGUUAAUACAGCUCUUGAUAGUAAGAGCAAAACAUUUUUAGUAUUUAAGAUGUAACUGUGGAUUGUGUGGAUACAAUUCAACUAUGAAUAAAUUAAACCAAAUAUUGUACCCUUUUUUGUGGUAUAACAUGUGACAUGUUAAAUAGAUUAAUAAUAGGGAAUUCCUAAAAUUGAUACAUUAUGUUUGUUGGCAUCAUUAAUAUUAUGUUCGUUUCCACUGUCGAAAAACAUGUACAAAAACAUAUCUUCAUCCCUCACAAUGUCUUUGAAAAAAAAACAAUAUCCUACAUGGAUUUCAGAAGUAGAAAUGUAAAAGGAUAAUGAAACAGAUGAUUUUUUUUUUUAUUUUGGUCUAUAAAUAAUAAAAAAUCUUAUCAUUUGACAGCCAUUUAAUAAAACUGUAGACUAAUUAAAA